CCAAAGGAUGCAAUAUUUCACCAACUCUUGACGAGUAGAGACGGUGGGUAAAGGUGGUAUAUCUGGGAGAGGGAGAUGGAAUAUAUCUCUCUUUUUUUCUCUUUCCCCACUCAACAACGAUUCAUUCAACGAUGAAGGAGAAGCAAGUUCCUGUCACAAGUAAGUCAGAGGGCAGGGAAGAAGCAGAACGGUCCUCCGCACUGGGGGUCGACGACGAGAAGAAACAAAGUUCCGACCACCAGCAAUUCAGUGGCGAAAGUGGAAAUGUUCAAACACUGCAAAAGAAAAAGUCGUUCUUUGGCAGUGUCAACUUGAAGAAGAAGGUGAAACGCUUCGCUUCACAAAUUAUGAAAGGUAAACCAGCUAGUCCAACUGCUUUUCCCACUCCACCUACAGAGUUGCACCCACCCCUUCCUUCACCUCAACCAAAGUCUCGGCGAAUGCCGAGACCGUCGUUGAACAAAACCAGUCAGACUUUCCAGAACACCCUUCGGUGGGCCAACAAGUCCACGGCCAGUCAAGUAUCCUUCCCCAAAAAGCCUCGAAAGACUGCGUCAUGGCCUCCUCCUACGAUGUCUUCCAAUCACCUUCCUGUUAUUAAGCAGAGCAAUAACCUCCAUCGACGCCCUUCCAGUGUGUACAUCAAGAAUCUCCGAAAGGCAAUCAAGAUGGACACUGGCCAUAUGCUCAAUGUCCCUUCCUUGAGAGCAGCCGCUAAUACCAGGCCCAAUUCAUACGGUACUCUUCAGCGACAACUAGCCAGAUUGCAAUUGUGCGACGAGGCGCUUACCAAUAGAGUCCAACGACGUUCUCAGGACAAAAUCCGUGGCAACAAAGACGAAGCCACCGUGCCAAAAAAUACGAUAAUGCCCAGCUUUUCAAAGCAAUAUUCGUGUGUUUCGUUGGAUCAAGAGAAAGAUCAGAGUCUACCGGCUAUCUCGCUCUUUUGUCCGGACGGGAACCCCUCGGGAUUGUCAACACCCUCUCUGACGAAUGAAUCUUCGCAAACAUCACUCUUUGAACUCAAACGGGUCUCUUCCCUUCCUACCGCAAUCCAAGGCGAAAAGAGCAAUAAUAAUGAUGUGCUUGUCGAGAUAUCCACCCGGAUUUUUAAUCGGUCGCCAGACUCGUCAGUUUCCGAUUUGCAGCAGCAUCUCCAAGAGCCAAAGCACCACAUCAAGAAACGGUCCGAAAAGCGAAAAGACACGGCUCGUGAAACUUCUGCAAGUCAGUCUGCCUGCGGUUACCAGUCCGAAAAGCCCAGACAGCAUCACCCAAAUACGGCUUACACCAAGCAGAUUUCAAAAGAUAAGUUGAAUGUAGGCCCAGUAUACCCCAACCAGAGACGACGACCAAGUGAAGUGGGGAGAGCUAAAACUCUUCGAGGACCUGUCACUACGCCGAACCAGAUACCUGACUUUGAAUCGAUGCUCUCCAUUUACGCUCAUUUUUGAAUUGCUUGAUCAUGGUGCAAUGACAGGAAUUGCAGAUGCUCUUGAAAAAAUAACGCGAUGAAUAAGGAUUAAUGAUCCAACUUGGUGGAGUCGGUAUAUAUGAGAUAAUCGAACAUGCUGGGCAGGGUUUUUGGAAAUUUAUUUUGUAGACCUAAAGGCGAUCUGUAAUAUACAGAACCGCUCCAUGACGAAAGCAGUUAGUUACAUGUCACUCAAGAUUU